AUGCUGUGGGGCCCCCCUUCACCACCUGUUCUGAUUAAGUGGUUAGAUGUGCGGCUUAUUGAUGUUGCUAGAGCUCUUCAUGCUCUCUUCUUUGUCUUUCGUAUACGAGACACAAAGCUGCUCUCCAAGUGUAUUCACAGCUUCGGGCCUCUUCUCCGCAGCAGCAGCAGCAGCAGCAGCAGAAGCAGCAGCAGCAGAAGUAGAACUGGAGGCUCCUUCCCUGCAGCUGAAGCAAAGCAGCACUUUGUUACCCUCGUGUUGCUGCUGAAGGCCUUUGCUGCUGCUCAGCUGCCAUACACUCCGCUGCUGACAGCAGCAGCAGAAGCAGCGCAGCAGCAGCUGCAGCUGCUGCUGCCUAGGGCCCCAAGGAAGCGCACCUCUGACAGAGGAGAAACGCUUCAAAGUAGCAGCAGCAAACAGCAGCAGCAGCUCUUUGCUUUGCCUGCAAUAGGGGGCCCCAGGGGGCCCCCCCUGAGGGGCCCCCAAGGCGGUGUGGGUGUACGACGUGAAGGCGUCGUGUCUCUGUGGUUUUCAAAGUUAAGAAGGGGGGCCCCCUAUUUAUCUUUUAAAGAGACAGUUGAAGGGCUGCGAGCAGCAGGGGCCUCAGGCUUCUACUGCCGGCAGCUGCUGCUGCAGCUGCUGCAGCACUUAUCUCGCACAGCAGCAAACGCCUCCCUCCCUCUACCCCCUUCAACUCUUCUUGCUGCUGCAGCUGAAGCCUCACGCCUACCUCUCUCUUCUCCGUCUCUAUGGGGGGCCCUUGCGGGGGCCCUCCUCCGCUGGGGGGCCCCGGGGGCCCCAGCCAACCUGUACAUACACCCGGAGAGCAGCAGCAGCACCAGCAGCAGCAGCAGCAGCAGCAGCAGCACACCUAACACCUCUCCGCUUGAUAGACAAUCUUCUCAGUGCAGUGCAGCAAAGGGAGUGCUUCAGGAGGGGCCUCAUGUGGUUGGGCCUGCAAGUGGAGAAGCAGUUCUUGCUGCAGCAGCAGCAGCAGCAAGUGCAACUGCAGUUGCAGCAGCAUCAACAGCAGCAGCAGCAGCUGGCAGCGAGAGGCACUUCCCAGGGCCCCUUGCUGUUGCGCUGCUGGAGGCGGUUGCUGCUGCUGCUCCCGCAUUGCCUCGUGCUGCUCUCUUCUUCUCAUUUGCUGCCCAUGAGCUGCAGCAGCAGCAGCAGCAGGUGCUGCUGCUGCCCCUUGAUGUGUCUCUCAGGGCUAUCGCCGCUGCUCAGCUCCUACGCUGUCGGUGGAGACAGCAGCAGGUCGACAGCAGCGCGCAACCAGGCCCAUACAACAGCAGCAGCAGCAGCAGCAGCAGCUACGGUGGUAGUGGUGCUGCUGCAGCAGCAGAGCUAGAGACGCAUUUGCUGCAGCUGUGCCGUCUGCAUGUUGAUUUAAUUGUGGUGCGGCAGCAGCGGCAGCUGGAGAGACAACUGCAAGCAGAACUUGCAUGCAACCAACAGGAGCAGCAGCAGCAGCAGCAGCAGCAGAGCAGAGAAGCCCGGUGGAUGCGGCUUGUGGAGGGGCCCCUUGCAAGUGACUGCCAGCUGCUGCAGCUCUGCAUCUUUGGGUUGCUGCGGAGACAGCUGCAGCUACCCCUUGGGGCCCCGCCCUCUCUAUACGAGCAGCAGCAGCAGCAGCAGCAACAGCAGCAGCAGCAGCAACAACAACAACAGCAGCAGCAGCAGCAGCAGCAGGUUGGGGCCCGUGGAGAAUCUGCUGCUGGCAUUGAGCUGCUGCAGCACGUAAGGGGCCUCGUAGCAGCAAGGCGGCGUCUCUGCCCGUUUGUAUUUAUUUCUAUUGAAGAAGCUGUUGCUUGUCUUCACUUUGAAUUGCUUCCCUUCUGCUCUCUUACACCCCUUGCUGCUGCUGCAGCAAUGCGGCUGCUGCCGCAGAUACAGCUGCUGCAGCAGCAGCAGAAGUGGGAAAGCAACAGCACAAGGAACAGCAGCAGCUGCAGCACCAGCAGCAGCAGCAAAGACAGUAACAGCAGCAGCUAUAAUAGCACCGAAAACAUCGACAACGUGGACAGCAGCAACAGCAGCGACAACAGCAGCAACAGCAGCAGCAGCAGUAAACACCCGUGCAGCACUGCCGUGCUGCAGCAGCAGACAGACGCCCCGCCUUCUCUCAAUUUGGAAUCUCUUGGGCCUUCUUCGUCUCUUGAUCAGCACCAACAGGUGCAGCAGCAGCAGCAAGAGCAGCAACAGCAGCACGAGCAGCAGCAGCAGCAGGAACAGCAGCAGCAGGGAACCUUUACAGCGCUGCAUAUGCCGUCUAUUGCUUCUUUAGAGGCUAUUUUAAUCUGCUUCAGCAGCAGAUUGAUUACAGCUUCUACCUCCACCUUGCUGCAUGCAGCAAACGUUGUUCUGGGGGCCCUCUCCCACCCUUACCUUGUGGGGGCCCUCCUUCGUAUGGCUGGAGAGGGGCCCCCCAGGCGCCCCGUUGGGGGCCCUAGGGCAGCAGCAGCAGCAGCAGCAGCAGCAGCAGCAGCAGCAAGUACUGCUGCAACAGGUGCUGCUGCUGCUACCCAGCCUUUGCAGUGCAGCACAACAAGCGAGGGGGCCCCCCCGAGUGCCUGGGGCCCCCCUGAGGGUACAGCCUGCCUUGUGGAGAGGGGCCCCCUUGAGGAUGGGGGGCCCCCAGAGGAGGAGGGGGAGUCAACGGUGGUGCAGCUGCUGCGAGAUAUUUGUCUGCUUAUUAUAAAUGCAGCACAAGAGAGAUUAGCCUUUAUGCAUGCAAAUGAAGCUGCCCUACUAACAGCAGACGCAGCUAAACUUCUCAACGCACUUACUCAAUACCAAACACCCUCACCAAUACAAACCCAGGGGCCCCAUGGGGGGCCCCCCCUUCAGGGGCCCCAUGGGGGGCCCCCCCUUGAUGGGCCCAUUGGGGGGCCCCGCCUUGAUGGGCCCAUUGGGGGGCCCCCCCUUCAGGGGCCCCAUGGGGGGCCCCCCCUUGAUGGGCCCAUUGGGGGCCCCCCCCUUGAGGGGCCCCAUGGGGCCCCCACCCUUGAGGAUUCCCUGUUCUUGUCUGCAACGGUUGAGGCGGAAGAGGAAGCAGCAGCUAUGAAGCAGAGAGAAUGCGACUUGCUGGAUGAAGAGUCUGCUGCUGCUGCAGCAGCUGCAGCAGCUGCUGCUGAGUUGUUGCGGCUGCGUAGAGGGCUGCAGGGUUUGCUUGCUGCUGCAGCAGAGAGGUGGGUUGCAGCACCUUCUACUGUUUUCUGUUGUGGGGCCGCCAGCGCCCUCAACGUGUGCAUGCAGCUGGGUCUGCUCGAGAGAGGAGCUGCUGCUGCUGUGGCUGCUGCUGCUGCUGCUGCUGCAGCAGCAGCAGAGGAUGUUACAGCAGCAAAGGGUUGCCUGGAGCUGCGGUGUAUAGACACACCAACACCAAGCAGCAAGCCUCAUAUAUACACCUCAAACAAAGACGGGUUAGAGAGAAUCCUCAGCAGCAAAAGUACGCUGGAGCGCGGCGCGAGUAAGAGAUUAAGAGAGAGCAGCAAACAGCAAACAGACAAAGCAGAAAAAGAUAUCCGAGAGCAAACAAUCAUAGAAACUCUUUGCCCAGCUGUCUACAACCCUGAGGCCUCACGCUGGCUGCAGCAGCGCACGCGUUCGAACCCCAGCGAGCUGUCGUUUGUUUCCUUAUUGCAACUGGAAACUUCCUGCAACAGCAACAGCAGCAGCAGCAGCAGCAGCAGCAGCAGUGCAGGUGCUGCACUGAGUAAGGAAAAGGGGUUUGGGGGGAACAGCGACGCCAGAGGAGAAGACAAAACAAACUUCUCUUCGUUUCUCGAGACAAUAGAAGCCCCAGCAGCAGCACAGCCAGCAGCAGCAGCAACAGCAGCAGCAGCAGCAGCAGCAACAGCAGCCCCCGUGGGCUUUGGGUGCGCCGAGACGAACUUAAUGAGGAUUCUCCUUAAUAGAGUGGCUGUGCUGCGAGCACCAACAGGGACAUGGGGAAGCAGCAGCAACCAGCAGCAACAACUGCAGCAGCAGCAGCAGCAGCAGCAGCAGCAGCAGAAGCAGCAACAGGAUAUGGCCUUGAAUUGGCUGUCGCAGCUUCUCCGGUGUUGCUCACAGGGAUAG